AUGGCAGACUGGAAGACGCAGCUGAGCUACAAGUACAAGCCGCCCUACCACGCCUACGCCUACGGCCUCGUGUAUCAAUCGGGCCACGAACAGAACCACUGCCCCGAAUUGAGCGACUACACGCCCGGGGUGGCGCAAGUCUACUACGCCGCCGCCGCCAGGCCCCGCCAAGAGUCGCCGCCUCACAGCCCGGAGCGGCGCGUCGCCAACGGCUAUUGCCGGUACCAGGGCUCCGGUCUCGUUUACCUCGGGGACAGCCAAGCGGGCCGCCUGCUGCGGGGUGCGACGCCCCGAUCCGCUUCCGAUGCGACGACCGCCGAGGAGCGCAGGAGGGCCGGCAGCGACUCCGCGAGCGACUCGGAGACUCACGCCUCUCCCGAUUCAUGGAGUUUUAAUAGCGGCCGAGAAAGUGGUUUCCCACAGGCGGACCCUACCACAUGGGUCAAGAAGGAGCUCAGCGAGGACGCUAACAGCAGGAGCCCCGACACCGGAGACCAGGUUUCCAGCUCGCUUAUGGGGGAGCUGUCCUCCUACACUGAUGUGGGCAAUCCGAACGCCAACGCUUUCCCUCUACAAGUGCCCUUACCGGCCCUGAAGAUGCCAAGCACGAAUGCGAAGAGCCCUAAGGGAAAGGUGCGCGUAGUCUUCUCCAAAAGCCAGAUGAACGCUCUUGUCCAGCGGUUCAGCGUGCAGAGAUACCUCACCCCGGCCGAGAUGAAGAACCUGGCCGAACUCACGGGACUUACCUACAAACAGGUGAAGACUUGGUUUCAAAAUCGAAGGAUGAAGCUGAGGAGACACCAGAAAGACAGCAAUUGGGUGUCCGAGCGCUACAUCAGCAACAACGGCCGCAGCCAAGCCGACCUGAUGAGCGGAACGGUGAUCAGCCACGCGCCACCUUAUCAGCCUGAGCCCCAAAGACCGCCGCUCAAAGAAUGCUACAAUCACCCCGUGAUGGAUUCCGCCUUUAAGACGACGGCGCCGCAGAACCUGGCCUUCUAUCUGGCCACGAUGGCCGGCACCGCUGGAUCCGCUCAGUAUCCCGCGUGGUCCUCCGGCACGGCUCAAGCCGCCGGGCCCCAGGCAGUCGGUUGGUCUGUGCCUCCCGGCGUCAACCAGUAUGAAUACAACCCGGGCGUAUUCCACCCGACUGGCAACACGGAGCCAGAUACCAGCUUUGACAGAAAAGAUGCCGAGUCUGUCACCGGCCAAAACUCAACAAAUACAGUCAUUGUACAUGACCUCGGCCAGUAG